AUGGCUAGCCAACGGCGCAAAACCCUCGAAGACCUUGUCUUCCAGCUGGAAUUCCUUGUCAGCCACCAAACUGUCGGACGUGAAGAUGAAAUUGCGGAACUCAACGCCACUAUCGACCGACGCCUCGAUAUGACGUACAAUGCUGUGAAGCGAGUGGUUGCCGAGCAGCACUUGGUUAGUGUGGUCAGCACGGUGUACCACGUCAUGAUCCAGCGACUUCAGUACCAGGGAGAAGAGCCGGUGGUCAAGCCCGACCGGGAUCCCGGAAGGAUUAUCACAAGCAGGCUGGGGAAUUAUGCGAGGAUUGGUUUGAACAGUAGGGAAAUGAUGGAGGAGUGGGCGGAGGAUUGGUACAGGAUCGUCAAACCUGAGGUCGAGAUGGCAGUCGAUGUUUCCGAUGAGGACAUACUAGUUGUCCUCUUUGCGGCGGUAAAUCCGACCAAAAGGAUUCUCGCUGGUGGCUUUGAGGUUCUCUUCGGACUGAAGCCAGAAGAUUGGGGAGCGGCGACGACAUCCCAGAUGGAUAAGCGACUCAAUCCGAGUGUGCUUAAGUCAGACACCCUUGCAGGGGAAGAAUGGACUGAUCGCAAAGAUCCGAGUGUCUCUGCGUUGGUUCAUACUCUACCUAUGAAGCAGUCGACCGGUCUUUCACGCAAAAUUACAGUCGACUUUGUGAUGCUCCUUCGAAGAAACGACUGUGGCGGUCGCGACACAAAUUCCCGCUCGGAAUCCUCGGUCUCCAGCACAGGGACCAUUCAACCGACAAGACAGUCAACACAGAAUCACGAUAUUGUGACCAUCACGAAACACCACGCGUUUCCUGGCGGUAUCGCGACUCGCUCUGGUAACGUCUCGCUAGAGCCAGCGAAGGUCACCAACACAUCCGAGUCACAUAUGUCUGUCUUUGAAGACUCUCCUCAGCUCUCUUCGCCACUUCCUCCACGUCUUACUGCUGCGACGGUAACCAAGGAUAUCACCGGGAAUGACCGUCAUCAGGCAGUGAUGCAGACGCAGCGAAAGACUUUCCCGGUUGAACAGAUCCACCACGGUUACCUGUCUCCUCCGAUGAAGGACGUCUUAGGCCGGUCGCCUCGUACUCCCCGGGGACUCGUGCAGUCAUCCGAGAAGAAGGUUCCCAGAAUCGUUACUGCGAUCGAAGAUCGUUUGAGCAAGGCAGUUUCGGGUGUGCAGCGGAACAGAACAAUGGAUGAGCAGGCGAUAUUAGAGAAGCCGAUCACUCCUCAAUCUAUCAAUGCCAGCCCUCAACCUUCGCAAUCGGCAUCCGACGAAACGCCGAUGGAGUCCAAGGUCGACGAGAUGAAGACGGCGGUCCCGGAAGAGAAGAACGGGCGUGCUGGCGUCCCCGGGCUGCAACUGAGUAGUCCCGAUCAUGAACCCUCGAAGUUCAAUUCCAAGAUGCCGGGACCAGCAAUGGAGCGAUUACCGUACGAGAGGCGUUUCGUUAGGUCAUCUCUCGACCACUCGUCCGGCACUACCGGAACCCACCAGCUGCUGGUUCGCAACAGAUAUCGUGGAACAAGCGCUCAGGGUGAGAAUCGUGCGUCGGUCACUCGGAUUGCCGGUGGAUCUUCCAUCAAGACCUCUGCUGAUGCACGGCCAACAUCUGUUUCCAGGCUUCCGACAGCCACGUUCCGCACAAUCACCCUUCCGACUGUGGACAGCGCACCCGAGAUCGACAAGAAGCUUGCCGAUCUCUCUCUGAAGCCCCAUCGUCAGACGUGGAACCCCGGCUAUCAAGAUCGUCAAAUGCGGGAGCCUAUGCCACUUCGUCAGCAGAUGCAAAUGAGAAUGCAAAAAAAUAACCCGACCGGCGGUUCCAAUACUGAGUAUAUUCCCCAGAGCAAAAAGCCCGCAUACGAUGUUAUGCAACGCGGAUCCAGUGCCGCCAUCGGUAUUCGAGACAUCAGUACUGGCAGACUUUCACGGUUCAACGAUGCAACUCGUGCCUCUGUUACGGUCAAUGCAACCAUCGGGAGUUCCAUGCCUCACUCGUCCAGCAUUAACCGGGAUCACGCCCGCACGUCAAAGCCGUCGACGACCGGGAUUGCCGGUGCAAACCCUCGCGCCAUGGAAGAACGUCUUCGGUUGAGGGCAUCCGGUCCUUCCAGCUCUAAGGUGACUGCCCAGGACGAUGCUGCAAAGCGGACGGCGAUCAAGCAGUGGGAAGCUCGUCGGCCUGUUAACGCUGGUCGUGCUGCCCCGGAUGCGCCUUUACCCAGUUCAGGUUCGCAGCAGCAGGAAACUGCGUUGAAUGCGGAAAAACCAAAGGCGCUUCGUCAGAAGAUCGAGAGCUGGAAUGAGAGCGGAAGCACUGCUUCUUCAGUGGCUGCUGGAGCUCCUGCUUCUUCCAUCAGGCGUGAGACAGUUCUUUCUGAAAACGGGGCACGUAAGCGAGGUCAAAGCUCUCGCACGUCGGGCAUCAUCUCCUUAGAUACCAACCGCCGCAUGACAUCUACAACCAUGCAAAACCGUGACCUCGAUUCCGAUUCGAGAAGAUCCAUUGCGGCAGCCAGUAAUGUACCCCUUUAUGCCGCACCUGUGCAGACUGACAGUACCGCCAGCCCCGGCCACACCAAGGUUUCUCACAUGCGCCAGGAGAGCUCCUCCAGCAUUGGGAGUGUUCUUCCGAAAGAUCGUGACCUCCGACGUGAGGCUAUCGAAGAACUUGAGAAGAAGGCGAACACGACCGCUCGCGUGACGUGGGGCUGGCUAGGUAAGCUGGGAGACUCCCUGAAGGGCUCGUCGGGAUCCCAGGGGGAAGAGGCGCAUGUGCCGAAGAGUCGUCAUCGUCACGGAGGAGAGCUUCCUAAGAGUUCUGUCAACACGAUACCGCGUGAGAGAAAGUAG